AUGGCCGACAUGUACGAGGGCGACAUCCCCAAGGAGGUUCCCGCCUCCGAGGACUACGCACCCGAGCAGGAGAACGUCAUGCGCGGACACAAGGCGACGAUUGCCAACCCACAGACCUCAGAGAAGGCAAAGGAGCACUCGAGGAAGGUGCUCGAGUCCAUGGACGAGCCGUAUGACCCCGCCCAAGCGCACCACGGCUCCCAGGAGGAGGAACAGAACAAGGACCCCGGCAAUGUCGCGCGCGGCCUGAAGGCCAGCAUCAGCAACCCGGGUGUGUCGGAGGAGGCCAAGGAGAAGGCGAAGGAGAAGUUGUCCAAGCUGGGUCAGUAA